ACACAGCUGAGGAUGAGCUGAGCAGGUUUACUGCAGUGAACACACUCAGGCGCUUGUAGCUGCUUGAGGAAGAUGGCUGGAAAUGCAUGGAGGUCAACGGUGUCCCGUGUCUUGGGUGUACUAACAAGCCAAACACAGCCCAGACCUUUUUCCAGAGGACUGCAAACUGUAACACUAAUUCCAGGAGAUGGUAUUGGUCCUGAGAUCUCCACGGCUGUUGCAAAGAUAUUUGAAGCAGCUAAAGUUCCCAUUCAGUGGGAGGAGAAGAAUGUGACGGCUAUCAAAGGACCCGGAGGGAAAUGGAUGAUCCCUCCUGAAGCCAAAGAGUCAAUGGACAGAAGCAAAAUCGGACUUAAGGGACCUCUGAAGACCCCAAUUGCUGCCGGCCAUCCUUCCAUGAACUUGCUGCUUAGAAAGACGUUUGACCUGUAUGCAAACGUGCGUCCCUGUGUGUCCAUUGAAGGUUAUAAGACUCCUUACACAGAUGUUGACCUCGUUACUAUCAGAGAAAAUACUGAGGGAGAGUACAGUGGAAUUGAACAUGUGAUUGUAGAUGGGGUUGUGCAGAGCAUUAAGCUGAUCACAGAAGAUGCCAGCCGUCGUAUAGCUGAAUAUGCCUUUGAGUAUGCCAGGAAUAACCAAAGAACCAGUGUAACAGCUGUUCACAAGGCCAACAUCAUGCGCAUGUCUGAUGGACUUUUUCUGAGGAAGUGCCGAGAGGUGGCUGAGAACUACAAGGAUGUCAAAUUCACCGAAAUGUACCUGGAUACAGUGUGUCUGAAUAUGGUGCAGGAUCCCACACAGUUUGAUGUGCUUGUUAUGCCCAACCUGUAUGGUGAUAUAUUGAGCGAUCUUUGUGCCGGAUUGAUUGGAGGUCUAGGAGUGACUCCUAGCGGGAACAUUGGUGCUAAUGGUGUUGCCAUAUUUGAAUCGGUACAUGGAACUGCACCAGACAUUGCUGGUAAGGACCUGGCCAACCCUACUGCUCUGCUCCUGAGUGCCGUAAUGAUGUUGAAGCACAUGGGACUGCAUGACUAUGCCAAGAAAAUCGAGCACGCCUGCUAUGACACCAUCCGAGACAAGAAGGUUUUGACCAAGGAUCUUGGUGGAAAUUCCAAGUGUUCAGAGUUCACAGCUGAGAUUUGCCGACGAGUACAGGACAUGGACUGAGACAUGGCACACGGUUUUGUCACUGGUUAUGUGAUAAGGCUCCUGUUAUCAAAAGGCAUCCAAAAAAAAUUGCCUUCUUAUCAUUCUAUCUGUAUUUGCGCACAAUUAAACUAUAAACAUAUGUGUAUAUCUAUUGAGACAAAACUGAACCUUAACUUAAAAAUGUAUAUUUUAUGUUUAUUUCACCUUCAAAACAAAGAUUUGUUAAAAUUUGUCCACGGUAUAGAUGUGUAAAUUUUAUUUUUUCGUUUCUCAAGUGAACUCCAUAACCGAAGAUCCUUUUAUUAACUAGGGAUGUUCUCUGGUUUCUCAUGUUUUAGCAUAACCAUUUUGAUGCUGGUUUAAUGGCAGGUGUUAGCUGUCAAACAUUAAAGUUGCUGAUAUUUUAAAUAA